AUUCAUUUCCAUUGUCCUUUGUUUUUUCUAUUCCUUCUACUUCUUUGGGCUAUAAAAAGGUGCCUCUAGCUACCUUCAUUCUUCACAAACACAAAAACAAAAAAAAAAAGAAAACAUAGUUUUCCAUAGAAAGAAAAAAGAAAGGAAAGAAGUAGAUAAGCAGAAUGGACACAGAGAGUAGUAGUGAUGAUGAAAAGAAGAUGAUGAACAAGAGAAUUGUAGUUGCUGUGGAUGAAAGCGAGGAGAGCAUGUACGCUCUUUCUUGGUGCCUCCAUAACCUCAUCCAAUUCUCCCAUCAAAACAAAUACGAAAACGAAAACAUCAAUCUUGUUCUCCUCUACGUCAAACCUCCUCCUCCUGUUUACUCUUCUUUAGAUGCACCCGGGUAUUUUUUGGGUGGAAACGAGAUUGCAACCAUGGAAAAGUACAGUAAAGAUCUUGCAACUUCGGUGAUGUGCAAAGCUGAAAUGAUAUGCCGUGAUUUUGACAUAAAAGUAGAGAAGAAAAUAGGAACAGGGGAGGCUAAGGAUGUGAUAUGCCUUGCUGUAGAUAAACUCAGGGCAGACAUGUUAGUUAUGGGAAGCCAUGAUUAUGGUUUCUUCAAGAGGUGAGAAUUCUAUGUUUUAUUAUGCUUAAUCAAUCAGUACUCUCUUUGUUCAGUAUAGAAUCAUUUUGAGACGGAUAGAAUAUCUAAUUGUAAAAGUUCGUUGUCGCUGAGUUUCGGUACUUACUUUUGGAUUUUUUUAUUUUUUUUUCAGGGCAAUUUUGGGGAGCGUAAGUGAAUAUUGUGCGAAGAAUGUUAGAUGCCCAACAGUGGUUGUGAAACGUCCCAAAAGAGCAGCUCAGAUAUGAGGAAUUUAUGAAUUAUGACCAUCAUGAUACGGAAAGCUCAAGCAUGCCGAGAUAGUGAGAUAAUAGAUGGAUGUGACAAAUAUGAGAGAUAUAAAGUUUAGUCAUUGUAUAUGAUAUUUUUGAGUCCAUAUAGUCUGCGAUUCUGCAUAUAUAUGAAAUUAUGUUUAAUUUCAUUAUGACCUGUUUCUUCUUUCCCCGGAAUUAGUAUUCAGCAAAAGGGUUAAAACUAAAAGAAAAGAAGAGUAUUCUUUGUCAUAGUUUUUUGUUACUUUCCCGUUAAAAUUUUAUUUUUUCUUAAAAAUUAUAAUUUUACCUUUAAUUAAUAAGUACACAUAUUUAGUGAGGAUGAUGUAUUUAUCUUUCAUUAAUCACUAUACUUUUUCACUAUAA